AUGACGAACACCGUAAGGUUACAUUCCAAGGGAAUACAUCUUGGUUACAAGCGUAAUCUACGUAACCAGCAGUGUGGCCAGUCACGCCUUCUAAUCGACGGCAUCAAGGAUCGGAUCGCAAGGAUGCCCAGUUCUACAUGUGUAAGCGAGUAG